UGCUGAACAUCGCCUCUUCCCCUCCCCCAUUCAUUCAUCUCGACCGUCUUGACCUACCUACUCUCACCAGGUCCUCUUAGACAGGCCAAGCUGUCCUCUGUGAGAGAGGGAUGGUGCAUCGGUCGUGGUAGUCGAUCGCAUUCCGUCGCUCAGCUCCGACAUCGGGACAGCAAACGUGCGACCUCUUACCUACCACCUUCGACAUACCGCGAAGAUGACCCUCUCUUCAUCGCUCUCCCUCUUUCGACGGUUCUCUCGCAAGAACAAACGUCAGCCCUCUGAACUUGCACCCGAUCCGCAAGUCGAGGAUGUAUCACCAUCAACAUCACUACCGCAAGGCGAGCUCUCUUCGUCCUACAUAAUCGCUACACGCAGCACCAUCAGCGCCACCACCACCACGUCUCGUCAGUCGACUCUGGGUCGAGAUCAACAGGACAAGGGGGAAAGGAAACGGGUCGCAGAGACCCCGCAGGAAGAAGGUGAUCUAGAGACUACUCGGAAAUGUUCGAAAAAGGUCGCCUUCAACGAGGACAGUGAACCGUCUCAGCCUUCCCAGCUAGGAUAUGAAGAGCCGUUACAACCAGCACGAAGAUCAGGCGAGCCGGUUUAUCCUGUACGAGGAUCGUCGAUGGAAGACGCAGGAACGUAUCUGCUAGAAACGACGAGGACGACUACGACGUCCAUCUCCUACGAGCUCAUCACCGCAUCCGAGGACCACCAGGGUAGACCACCGAUACCUAGCAGGAUGUCCAGUCGCAAGCUCAUCAAGAGGUCCCCGCUACAGAGAGAUUCCAAGCCGGAACCGAUCAACACCUCGGGCCUGGUUCGGUCCAAGACGGAAGGCAGAAACCGAACCCGAUCGGCAGACGGUUCUAGGGAGGGGGAACAGGUGGACGAGUCGAUGAAAAUGUCACCCUGGAGAACGUGGGGCAGAAGAAACGGGGAGAAACGGACCAGGAGUGAUGCACCCCCGUCGGCCUGGUUGGGAAACAAGGGCAUCGCUGCGGAGCUCGGUGGUGGACAACCUCCUUUACCGCCAGCGAGCUCCCUGGGCAAGCGAUUGACCAAGAGUAUCAGCUUUACUCGACCUAAAGAGACCAAGAUUGUCCAGGAACCUGAACAACUCUCGGCCAGGGAGAUGGAGGUCGCAGGAUUCGCUCGUGCUUUGGAAGCCAGAAAGGACCGGGGUAAGAUGGAGCUCGUACAGACGCCGGGGGAAACCGUCUACGGGAUCGGUUGGCAGCCUGAAGACUCGAUCAAGCCUUAUAUCCUCCUUCGACCGUUGUCACCGAUGACCAUGCCUGCGCCUGAUCUCGAGCAGGAAGACAAGGAGGUCAUCUUGUCGGCUUCACCCGAUCCUCGUUCGCCCGAGACGCCGAUCUCUGCCAUGGAGAUGAACUCGGAGGACUGGAAUCACGCGGCAGGAUCGACAGAUACGCAUGGAACGACUGUCUACGCCGAAUCGUCCGGCUUCAGUCACGAUUCGAACUGCACCCCGGCAUUGAGCAUUAUCACCGGCUCGUUUUCGCCCUCCGCUUGUCCGACUCGCCAGAGCUCGUUGUCCAUGUCGCCGGCCCUUUUGACACCGGCUUCAACGCACAUGAUGGCUCACCAAUCCGAAUUACUCUACCGCAAGAGUACUACGGCUAGACGACCGAGGCUUCAACGUACCCUUGCCAUGAGUCAGAUCAGUGUUACAGGACUGGAGGACGAGCUGGGAGAGAACGUGCCAUCCGAGCAGGAGAUGGUCCGACUGAACAAGAUUGACGGCAAACGAAAGAAUAGGCAGAGCUUGAUGCAGAUCGAGGAUGACAUGGCCUUUGCGAAGGUCGUCACCGAGCUCAUGAGGGCGGAAAAGGAGGAACAGGUCAAGGAGGAAGAGACGGAAGGGUGGAUGAUGAUUCGGGAUUUGGGUUCGCCCAGUUUGGAAAUGACCAAGCAUGCCAAGACGAUGCGGGCAUUCUUCUUGGUCAGAGAGCUCUUGAAUGGAGAGCGGAAUUAUAGACGGCACCUCGUCAAGGGUAUCGAGAUGUUGAUGGAAGAUACUUUACAAACACAAACCUAUGCCACUGGCUACGACCCCAUAACGACGAAUUCGAUCUCGCCAUCGAAACUUACGAAACAACAGAAGCGCUCGACGUCCUUCAUCAACUUGCCCGUGUACGCUGCGAGCAAGGAUGUGAUGAUUAAGGAGGAGACGUCAACCCUCACCAAAUCCGCUCCAGGAACGCUCAAGCGGGGCAACCGACCGCAAUCGUUCUACGUUGCGCGGUCUAAUUCCGACUUUGGUGAACGCCGGAACCGGACGUUCAGCGACCUCACGGCGCUGGCCAAUGGAACUCCACCGGACCGUCAAAGGAUCUGCGAGGAUUUGCUCAAGCAUAUGCGUGACCUCUGCGUCGCUUCUCGUCGCCUAGCCAACGGACUGGAAUUCGACCCAUCACCCAAUGAAGCGGCAGCUAUGUUUCUCAAGAACGAAGACGCCCUGCUCUCGGUCUAUAGCGAGUGGUCGAGCAUUGUGGGCGAGGCCAUGUUGAGCGGGAUACCCACCAAGAUCCCCGCUCGAGCUGCAGCUCGCAGUAAAGAUGCGACUAGGCAGAGGAGAAGGAGCUUGAGAUAUGGAAGUAAGGAUAACGACAUCCCAGCGGGAGAACUGUUGCUGGCCGACAUCAUCAUCAAGCCCACGGCCCGCGCUGGCCAAUACAUUCUUCUUUUCCAAGAAAUUCUCGACUGCCUCGUCAAAAGUCACGAAGACACUACCUUGAUCGAGGCGGCUCUCGCUUCGGCGAAACGGCUCGUCGCAGAGUGUGACCGUCGGCAAGCCACCGACAUGAGCACCGUCGCCUCGCACAACACUGGUGUCGCCUUAUAAUUCACCGUCCCCUCAUCCGACCGUUCUUUCCCAAUAUUCUGGGCUCGCGUCACUCUUCCGCUCAGCAUUGUUUUAUACCCUGUCACCGUCUUUGCACGCACGACCGUCCACCGCGCACAUCUUAGAGUGGGUCGGCCUGAUGCAUCUCUUCUUGUAUCCAUACACUUUCUGUUCAUUACAUAGUCAUGGCAUCAACUAUGUGUUAGAGAGAUGCUACGGG